UGGCGAUGCUCAGACGGGUCAGUGUGGCCAAGGCCUCGGUGAGGGGAGGGUGUACGCUGCUGUUCUGCCUUGUGCCCCCUAUGUCCCCUCCUACACGCCCAUAUCUCGGCGCCGUGACCUGACCUCACUUCACCUGACCUUGUGAUUACCUGCCAUUCCGUCCUGAAGACAUAGCCAGAAACAGCCACACAGCCAAACAGCCAACCAGACAGACAGCAAGACAGCCACACAACCAGACAGAUAGACAGACAGACAGACAGACAGACAUCCAGCAUGGGGUCUGUAUGGAAGAGGUUUCAACGCAUCAACAAGAAGGCUUCGAAGUUUCAGUUCACCGCUUCAUAUCACGAACUCUCUCUCACUGCCACUGCUAAAUGGCAACCAUGUCAGCUGAGCGUGGCAUGGCUGCGGCGAACACGUCGAGAGGUGGUGGAGGCUCCAGUGUGGGAACCCAGUAUGCGGGACCCUCUGUGUGGGCUGUGUGUGUGGCCUGUGCCCCCAAACACCACCGUCUGUGUCACCCUCUUUAGGGAUGCACGCACUAAUGACUUCGAGGACAAGGAGUGGACCUUUGUGGUGGAAGAUGUGUCCCCCACAGGCAAGAGACGCCAAGUAGCCACUGCAGAGAUCAACAUGAAACUCUAUGCUGGCUGGAACACACAGCACGACAUUAAGGUCAAAUUACGUCCUCUGAGCAAGAAAGUGGUGUCUGCCUCGCUGGACCUUACCCUCUCUUGUCUCUUUCUGAGGGAAGGCAAGGCAACAGACGAAGAUAUGCAGAGUAUGGUGUCUUUAAUGUCUAUGAACACUCCUAAUGACAUUGCCCGGCUCGACGAUUUUGACGACGAUGAUGAAAAUGAAGGACGCAGCCAGAGCGAGCCCAGCAGUGGUUUCUCCACACUAAGGCGCACCCCCCGUCAUCCCUUCACCUCCCCACUGUCCCCAGACUCUCCUCUCAACCCUUUCAUGGAGGAGGAAGAAGAUGCGGCCACAUUAGAGGGAGGAGAAGAAUCAGCCCAGGGCAUCUCCACUUCUCCUCCUCCUCCUCCCUCCUCCUCUCCUCCAUCCUCCUCCUCUUCCUCUGCCCAGCCCACCACCAGGGACUCCUCUCCACCCCCCCCUGGGACCAAAGGGGGGCCCUCCGUCCAGCUGGGAGCGAGUGACUGCGGUGAGCGGCGGAGGACCAAGGAGGACAGACAGGCACUCCAGCCCCUCCCUCUCACUCUCUCCACCAUAAACACAGCGAACAAGGGAAGAGGAGGUGGAGAAAACGGAGGAAGCCAAGAAGGAGGAGGAGGAGGAGGAGGAGGGUGCACACCAGGCCAGGACUUGCUGUCGUGGUGCCAGACGGUGACCCAAGGGUACAAAGGGGUUAAGGUCACCAAUAUGACAACCUCUUGGAGAAAUGGCCUUGCUUUCUGUGCUAUUGUUCACCACUUUAGACCUGACCUUAUAGAGUUCGACAGCCUCUCGCCGCAGGAUAUCAAGGGAAACUGCAAGAAGGCCUUUGAAGCUGGAGAGAGACUUGGGGUGACUCGCCUGAUUGAGCCACAAGACAUGGUUAUUCUUACUGUGCCUGACAAACUCCACGUCAUGACCUACUUGUACCAACUAAGGGCACAUUUCACAGGUCACGAAUUGGAAGUUUCACAAAUUGGCGACACCGCGGCAGAAUCCUCGUACACAAUUGGCCGCCUUGCCCCGGAGAGUGACGAUAUUCUGAGCCUUUGCCACAGCAACGACGACUCCUGGGAGGCCUCGCACCACCACCAUCACCGCCGCUUCCACCAACACCACAACCACACCGCCACCUCCAGUUCUAGCCACAGCCAGCCCACCACUGCUAAAAUUAGAAGGGUCUCGGAAUCUUCCAGUGGGGGGUCUAUUAAAUCUGGAGGAAAGAGAUCAAGUGGAGAAUACGGAGGAGGAGGAGGAGGAGGAGGAGGAGGAGGAGGAGGUGGAGGAGGAGGAAGCAGCCUUUCCUCCACACCCUCCACACGAGAGAGGAUUCUGGCGUCUUCUAAAUCUCUGACGACGGAAAUAUUUAAGAUCGGAACUAAAGUGUUAUCUCCAACCAAGGACAAGGGGAGGAGUGACACCCGCCAGUCCAGUGCCUCCUUGAGCAGCAGCGGCAGUGGUGAUAGGCCUACCUUGAUGACCCACAGACAGCUGGUCGACCCGUUUGCCUCUGAUGAAGAAGAGGAGAAGAAGGAGGAGGAGAAGGAGGAGGAGGAGGAGGAGGAGGAGGAGGAGGAGAGGAAAGAAGAGGAAGAGAGUGUGUUGUCUUCCUCUGGUGCUCCUCCUCUUCCUCCUCCUUCCUCCUCCUCCUCCUCUUCCUCCUCCGUGCUGCAAGAUACAGCUGAGAGGUCAAGUCAGGUGAGGUCAGCGCACCACCACCAUCACAACCUCAAAGGGUCAUCCCCCCUCCCCACCUCCCCCUCUUCACCUGGAAAAGUGGAGGACAAUACCACCACCACCACCACUACAACAACUACCACCACCACCACCACCACCACUCCUCCGCCCCCAGUGGUAGAGGGGGCGGUACCGGGACUGUUGGACCUCUCUCCCAGCCAAGAGGAGGGAGAGAGGGAGAGAGAGAGUCCAGGCAAGACUACUACUACUACUACUACUACUGAUGCUGUGGCUGCUGCUGCUACUGCUGUGGGCUGUGGUGAUGGUGGUGGUACUCCUCUUCCUCUCCCUCCUCCUCCUCCUCCUCCUCCUCUUCCUCCUCCUGUACCAAUUCAAACGAGGGAAUUUAAUGCUGUUUUGAAGCCACACAGCAAUGAACACAGCACAGAUAACAGCACAGGGGCCAAGCCAAGGAAUGCCACAGCUACAGCCAUUAGCACAGCACAGCCACAGCAACAGGGAGGUGCUGAUUGCUGUUCAAAUGAUGCUGUGACGCUGUGCUGUGUAGCUGGGCUGGAAAAAGAUGAACUGGCAUACACAGCUCUCGUCUCACUAUUGUCUCAGCGCCCCGCCACGUCACGCCAGGAGGAAUUGAAAGAGAGGGCUUGGCAACUUUUAGAGCAAACAAGACGGGAGGUGCAGACUCACCAAGGAGGACCUCAGCGGCUCUUAUCCAAGGAGGAGGAAGAGAGACACGCACAGUUGAGAGAGAGAGCAAGAAAGCUUAUUGCAGAGGCCAAGAAGGGGGUGGUCGGCUCCCCCCACCCCGCCACCCCCUCCACCACCAUCACCACCGCCACCACCACCACCGCCACCACCACAGCUGACACCACCACACUUCAACCACAAGAUGAUACCACCACCAUCACCACCACCGCCACCACCACCACCACCACACUACCAAAUGAGGACACUACUACCACCACCACUACCACCACCCGGCCCCCCCGCCAGCACUCCCCCUCCCCUGCCCGUGGUGGGGGCGACGGGGGUGUGAGGGAGGUGCGCCCCCCUAAAUUGAUAUCCUUUAAGAGUAUAAUGGAUAGAAUGACCGAGAAGGAGGAAGGGGGGGGCGUGUCUCCCCGCUCGGCGUCUCCAGAGAAGGUGUGCGAGUCAAGUCGAUACCUGCAAAAUGAACUCGAAUCUUUGGAGAGAGAGCAACAACAGAUAGAUGGACAAGCGGCGAAGCUGGAGAAGAGACUGAGAAAGAUUAUGGACCAAAGCACCAGGACGGAGGAGGAGGAAAGGCUCAUACAACAGUGGUUCACUCUGGUCAACAAGAAGAAUGCCUUAAUUAGGAGACAAAUGCAACUGAAUAUUCUAGAGAAGGAAGAAGAUUUAGGAAGAAGAUUUGAGCUUCUAAAUAGAGAACUGCGUGCAAUACUGGCAAUAGAAGACUGGCAGAAGACUGAGUCCCAGAAAAGAGAAAACUUGCUUCUGGAUGAAUUAAUAACUAUUGUGAACAAGAGAGACGAAUUGGUGAUCCAUUUAGACAACCAAGAGAGAGCAAUUUGUGAGGACGAGCAGAUCCAGGCUGAUGUUAACCACUUCACUACCACCAAACCACAAGAGAAGUGUGUGCUCAUGUAAAGAUUCGCCAAAGAUAAAGAUGGCAACACUGCACUUUCACGCAAGCUGGCAACACUGUAAGCCGUUCCCCCGACACUUGGCAACACUGCACUCCCGCCUCGCAAUGUUGGCAACACUGUGUUCAUUUUUGCAUCGGAGACUUGGCAACGCUGUGUACUCAUUGUAUCCAAACUUGGCAACACUGUAGUGGCGUUUUCUAUGCAGUGAUGUGGCAACACUGUGAAAUUUGAGGGGUUUUUUUAACUUGGCAAUGCUGUAAUAAAGAGUGUUUUAGUUGGCAACACUGCAAAAGUUGGUGUUUUUUUUACUUGCAACACUGAAAUUGUCUUGUUUUUUAGUUGGCAACACUGUAUUGUCAUUUUUUUUUUUUACUUGGCAACACUAAAAUUUUCAUGUUUUUAAUUGGCAACACUGAAAUUUUCUUGGUUUUUAAUUGGCAACACUGUAUUGUCAUUUUUUUCAGACUUGGCAACACUGUAAAAUUGUCUUGUUUUUUUAAUUGGCAACACUGAAAUUUUCUUGUUUUUUAAUUGGCAACACUGAAAUUUUCUUGGUUUUUAAUUGGCAACACUGUAAAAUUAUCUUGUAUUAAUUGGCAACACUGUAAAAUUGUCUGACUUAAUUGGCAACACUGAACUUGUCUUGUUUUUACUUGGCAACACUGUAUUGUUAUUUUUUUUAGAUUUGGCAACAUUGUACAGGCAAUAAACUCCAGCAUUAUGGCAACACUGCUUUUAAGGUCACAAUUACCUAUAUGGCAACACUGUAAUGUCAGGCUAGAUAUGGCAACACUGUACAAGGAAGCAUCACUACAAUUGGCAACGCUGUAUUAUAUGACAAUAAAGAUAUGGCAACA